AUGCUAUCUAGACAUACUAUAAAAACAUCAUCGACAGCUUCAAGAGCUGUGCGAUUUGUGCAAUCUGUUUACAAUGUGAAUGCGAUAUCAACUGCACAAGUUGCGAGAAAGAUAGAUUCAUUGAGAUGUGUGUCUUCAUCCUCCAAAACACCAGCAAUACAAGAAACAGGCACCUAUGAACAUUUACCUGCUGGAUCUCGGGUAUUCUCCAUGAUCCAGCCUACGGGGAAAAUCCAUUUGGGGAACUAUUUGGGCGCGGUAAAGAGCUGGAGAACACUUUCUGAUUCCAAUGCUGACAGCAAGUUCAUUUUUGGAGUAGCUGACCUUCAUGCAUUCACGAUUCAUCAACCUAGCCAAAACUUGAGAAGUCAUCGGUACGAGGCAAUUGCAAGCCUCUUGGCCAGUGGUUUGAAUAUUGACAAAUGUAUUUUGUAUUUCCAAUCUGCAGUACCAGAGCAUCUGGAGCUCAACUGGUAUUUGACAUGUAUGACGAGUAUGGGUCAAUUGAAUCGUAUGACGCAAUGGAAGUCCAAGGCACAACUGACACAACAUAGCAAUGUGUUAGACGAUGCCACGGUUGAAGCGACAAAAGCUGGACUUUUCUGUUAUCCUGCUCUACAGGCAGCGGAUAUUCUAUUAUUCAAAUCUACACAUGUACCAGUGGGUGAUGAUCAAUCACAACAUUUGGAAUUAUGCCGUGAUAUUGCCACCAGAUUCAACAGCACAUACGGCAAAGAAUAUUUUCCCAUCCCCAAGACCCUAUUAACACCAGCGAAAAAGAUUCUUAGUCUUAAGAACCCGGAGAAGAAGAUGUCCAAAUCCGACCCAGUUCAAGCCGGUUGUGUAUACGUUACAGAUUCUCCUGAGGACAUUCAACGCAAGAUCAAGAAAGCCGUCACCGACUCUAUACAAGGCGAAUGGACUUAUGACCCAGUGAAUAGACCAGGUAUAUCAAAUCUUUUAAAUAUUGUAUCAGGUUUGAGUGAUAAGACUAUUGCUGAAGCCACAGCCGAUGUGCAACAUUGUAAGGAUCACAAGUCUCUAAAAGAUUAUGUGGCAGACUUGAUUGUAAACGAGUUCAGCGACAAGAGACAAUUAUACAAUGACUUGUUACAAAAUAAAGAUUACUUGGAUGAGGUGUGCAAAACCGGACGCGACCAAGCACGUGAAUUGGCACUGGUCAAUAUAAAACAGAUUAAAGAGAUUAUUGGAUUAGACUAG